CCUCGCGCCCAGCUCAGAAUAAGGGCGAAAAAUCCAGCGAAAGCCAGCCAGAGAGCUUCCUGACCGGAAACAUUUUGCACACCAAAUUGUUUCCGAGCCCAGAGACAGCGGAAGGGGAUUUUCCUUUUUGCGCAACUGCUCGUUUAUUUUGUUAUUUUUUUUGUUUUUGCACAGACUGGCUGAGUGAAGUUGUGCUUCAUUUUUAGAGUUUGCACAGGGAGAGCGGCAGCACAGCACGUCGCCUCACGCAGGGAGGAGCGGAGAAGAGGGCAGAAGUUUACGCUGGGCUUGUUUUGUCACCGCGGGGCUGCUGUUGGUCAAUCCGCAGGAAUGUCGCACAAGGAGAGACCCAUUUUCUAUCGACAGGAGCUCAACAAAACCGUGUGGGAAGUACCGCAGCGCUAUAAGAACCUGUCUCCGGUCGGCUCUGGCGCUUACGGAUCGGUGUGUUCAGCGUUUGACGAGAAGACGGGCCUGAAGGCAGCGGUGAAGAAGCUGUCCAGACCUUUUCAGUCCAUCAUCCACGCAAAGAGAACAUACAGAGAGCUGCGGUUGCUCAAACACAUGAAGCAUGAGAACGUGAUCGGCCUCUUAGAUGUUUUCACGCCAGCAAAAAGCUUAGAGGAGUUCAAUGACGUCUAUCUGGUGACGCACCUCAUGGGAGCAGAUCUAAACAACAUCGUCAAGUGUCAGAAGCUGACAGACGACCACGUCCAGUUUCUCAUUUACCAGAUCCUCAGAGGCUUAAAGUACAUCCACUCAGCAGAUAUAAUCCAUAGAGACUUAAAGCCCAGUAACCUGGCUGUUAAUGAAGACUGUGAACUUAAGAUCCUUGACUUUGGUUUGGCGCGGCACACGGAUGAUGAGAUGACGGGAUAUGUAGCCACGCGAUGGUACCGGGCCCCUGAGAUCAUGCUCAACUGGAUGCACUACAACAUGACGGUGGAUAUCUGGUCGGUCGGAUGCAUCAUGGCGGAGCUGCUGACAGGACGAACACUCUUUCCAGGCACGGACCAUAUAAACCAACUGCAGCAGAUAAUGCGCCUGACGGGGACUCCCCCAGCCUCUCUCAUAAGCAGGAUGCCCAGCCAUGAGGCAAGGAACUACAUUAAUUCGCUUCCUCACAUGCCCAAGAGGAACUUUGCUGAUGUGUUCAUUGGCGCCAACCCUCUUGCUGUGGACUUGCUGGAGAAAAUGCUGGUGCUGGACACAGACAAGCGCAUCACAGCGUCGGAGGCUCUGGCCCACCCAUACUUCGCUCAGUACCACGAUCCGGACGACGAGCCAGAAGCAGAGCCCUACGACCAGAGCUUCGAAAGCCGUGAUCUGGAAAUCGAGGAGUGGAAGAGCCUAACCUAUGACGAGGUACUCAGCUUUGAGCCGCCACCUUUAGAUGAUGAGAUGGAAUCCUGAGUGGGGAGGAGCCUUUUCUUCCUUUUUAUUUAGUUUUGUAUUUCAAAGGAACACUCUUUUAAAACUAUCAAUGUCAUGUGACUAUCUAUUGUUUUCUGCUCACAUGCACAACCAUGACAUUCAAGUGCCUGCCGUCAUUCAUAUCUUGGGGACUUUGUGAUAACAGAAACAAAAAAUCUCGACGUCCUGUUCAUGUCUCCUGUAUUGCUUCCCAACAUGCUGAGGUUGACUUAAACUGUUCCUUUUUUUGUCUUGCUUCAAACAUUUAAUUUUUAGUUUUCGAGAUAUGUUCAUCGAACUGGAGGAAAAAAAGCAUACAUGCCAAUUUCUGAAAACAAGUGCUGGAAAUUAAUCAGACGAUUCACAUUUAUACAUUUUAAUACUUAGGAGUUAGCACAACUGGGGACAAAUUUUUUAAAUUAGUUUUUCUCCUCCAAAUAUUAGGUAAAUAUUUGUGUGUAGAUAUUACAGCAAACAGUAUUUGUACAUAAGUAUUUUAGGCAUAAUUACCAUAUCAGAAUACUCCUAGACACUUAACCAAUCCCUUCAACAGUAUGAACUUGAUUAUCAGAGUUCAUCUUAAAAUGGCCUAAGUUGAUAAUGUAUGUAAUUUAUACCAUGUAUGUACAGAAUAUGAGGGGAAAUAUAUAAGAUUAUUUCACUUUGACAAGGUAAAAAAGCUGUUCUAGGUUUUAUAUUAGUUCUUGGUUUUGUAGACUUGGUUCUUUUUUAAAACUUAUGAGAGCAUUGCAUAUUUAUCAAAUGCAUAUCUUUGUUUUCUCCUCAUCAAUUCAUAAUACUUCUUCAGCUCCAAAAUGAAUGUUUUAGCGGUCAGAACGCUCCACAGCAGCAUGAUGAAGACAGGGUUGGCUUCGUAAUUUAUUCACAUCUGAUGUUCCCCAUGAGAACAUCGGCUGACGCUGUAAUUUAAUCAUAUUGCAUUUUAUAAACAAUAUUGCAUUUAUUUUGUGUUGAAUGUUUCUGGGCACCAGUUUGCUCUUUAUUUAUGAUCCUCCUGUUAUGUUGUUUGUAUAUCAAUGUAAAAGAGAAUGUUAUUUGUCAGAUUUUAGGGUUGUUUUGUUAUUUAUAGAGAGCCUCUUGUGACAGUAUCCAAAAGCAUCAUCAAAUGUCUGAUUUCCCCUCCCCCUCAUUGGCCACAGGGACUGCAGUUACAGCAUGUGUAUCUGAGCAGACAGAGAGAGCUAAGUAGUCUAAAGUGUAUGGAUGUUAUAAUUGGUUGUGUUCUCAGUAUGAUUGUCCUCUUUACAAAAACCGUUUUCAAAAAUCUGGAGCCUUGAAAAUGUGUCUAUACCCCUUUAACUUUCUCGCAUCUUGUUACAUUACGACAAUACAAUUUUCUGUAUUGUAAUAAGAAUUUUGUUUGAUGGAUCAACACAGUAUUGCAUAAUUGUGAAGCAGAAAGAGGUGGUUUUGAAUGUAUUUUCUUUAUUCUUUCUUACAUAUUAAUAUCCUUUGAUCAGUCAGUUCAUUGGAACUCUUGCUAAGUGUUCAGGGUCCUGUUGAAAGGGGAACCUUCACCUGGGUUUUGACACUUUCGCAGCUCCUAACAUCCUUUCAUCCACAUUAGUCAUAUAUAUAUAGUUACAUCCGUCUUCCCAUUAAUUUUGACCAGCUGUCACCACCAUGUUUUGCCAUGGGGUGAUGCGUUCAGAGUAAUGUUCAGUGUUUGCUUUUGACUAUGCAUAACAUUUUCCAUGUAGUCCUACUUUGGUCCGGUCUGACCGGAGAACCUUCUUCCAUCUGUUUGCUACAUGAUCUCUUGCUCUGUGCACAAUUAUGCACUGCUUUGUGUUGGUCUGUCACAUCUUGAUAAAACACAUUGAAGGUUGUGGUUAUAAUGGGGUAAGAUAAAAACAAAGUCCCAGGUAUACGAGUACUUUUCAGAGUCACUGCUUACAGCAUCCUGUAGUCCACUACAGUGAAGAAUUCAGUUUUUGAAGCUGGAAAACAUUUUCCAGUUGUACAAGUUGUACCACAGUUGCUCUGGCUUUGUCAUCCAACCAUAGUUGCAUAUCUCUUUCACUUUCCUCUGUUUGGUUCAUGUAGUGUUUAUUUUUUCUGAUGCGUUAUUUUACUCUGCAUGUUGAAUCAACUUUCAAUGUCAGUGAUUUAUAUAGGGUUGAGUGUUUUUUUUUCUCUUUGUUACAAGGAUUACAAGCACCGGAAAUGUUCAUACAUUGGAAUAUUCAAGCAGGGCACAUGAGUAGAUGUUUACCUACUAGAUCCUGAAGUCCCACUGUCAUUUUUACACAUUUGCAUCGAUCAGAUUAAGACCUUUAUUUUCUCCAGGUCCCAAUGUCAUAUGUUAACUUGGUUUGCUUGCUUUGCCUGAGAUGUGUUCAUGUAUUUUUUACUGAGUUCUUCACCCAAUGUACCGAGAAAGCAAGGCCAUGCUAUCUGUAAAUACAAAACCAUCAGAAAAUAAAGGCUACUAUUUUUCAAAGCUGUAA